GACGCACCGGGACCCCCGUGCCCUGUCCCACCCGCAGGUCCUUGUCCCUGUGUGCCGGGGGGGCCGUCCCCACACCACCACCAUGCUGGCACCGCCAGGCAGCCUGGAGGUGCGGGCACCGGAGCCCCUCACCUUCAGCCUCUGGGAUUACGGCGUGUUCGGGCUGAUGCUGCUCAUCUCCACCGGCAUCGGGCUGUUCCACGGGCUGUCCAAGGGAGGCCAGAAGACCUCAGAGGACUUCUUCAUGGGCGGCCGGCGCAUGGCGGCAGUGCCAGUGGGGCUUUCGCUGUCGGCCAGCUUCAUGUCAGCCAUCCAGGUGCUGGGGGUGCCAGCUGAGGCGUACCGCUACGGCUCCAAGUUCCUCUGGAUGUGCCUGGGGCAGCUGCUCAACACGCUGCUCACUGCAUACCUCUUCUUGCCCGUCUUCUACCGCCUGGGGCUCACCAGCACCUAUGAGUACCUGGAGCGGCGGUUCGGACGGAGUGUGCGGCUCUGCGGGACGCUGCAGUACGUGAUGGCUACGACGCUGUACACAGGGAUCGUCAUCUAUGCUCCUGCUCUGAUCCUCAACCAAGGUAUGGGGGGACAUGUGGGACAGCAUCCACAUGUCCUUGUCCCCUCAUCUCUACCCCGAGCACCAACGCUUAUCACCAUCAUCUCCCCUUCAGUGACCGGUUUGGACAUCUGGGCGUCCCUGCUCUCCACUGGUGCCAUCUGCACCUUUUACACCACCAUAGGCGGGAUGAAGGCUGUCAUCUGGACCGACGUCUUCCAGGUCUUCGUCAUGCUCUCCGGGUUCCUCGCCGUCAUCAUCCGGGGGCUGCUGCUUGUGGGGGGCCCCACCAGGGCACUGGCCAUCGCCACCAACGGCUCCAGGGUGAACUUCGGCGACUUUGACUUCGACCCACGGAGCCGUUACACCUUCUGGACCUUCCUGCUGGGCGGCACGCUGGUCUGGCUCUCCAUGUACGGCGUGAACCAGGCUCAGGUCCAGCGCUACGUGGCCUGCAAGAGCGAGAGGGAGGCGAGGAUAGCGCUGCUGGUCAAUCAAGUGGGGCUCUUCUGCAUCGUCUCCAGCGCGGUGGCCUGUGGCCUUGUGAUGUUUGUGCUCUACAAGGACUGUGACCCCCUUCUGGCUGGCCACAUCUCGGCCCCCGACCAGUACAUGCCCUACCUGGUCCUCGACAUCUUCCAGACGUCCCCUGGGGUACCCGGACUGUUCCUGGCCUGUGCCUACAGCGGGACCCUGAGCACCGCCUCCACCAGCAUCAACGCCAUGGCAGCCGUCACUGUGGAGGACCUGGUGAAGCCCCGGCUGCCCACGCUGUCACCAAGGAGGCUGAUGCUGAUCUCCAAGGGGCUGUCACUGUUCUAUGGCAUUGCUUGCAUCACGGUGGCUGCGCUGGCCUCGCUGCUGGGCGGUGGUGUGCUGCAGGGCUCCUUCACCGUCAUGGGGGUCAUCGGCGGCCCUCUGCUGGGAGCCUUCGUGCUGGGCAUGUUCGUGCCGGCGUGCAACACAGCUGGCGUGUUCGGGGGUCUGGGUGUCGGCCUCACGCUCUCGCUGUGGGUGGCAGUGGGUGGCAGCCUCUACCCGGCCCCUGCCAACGUUGCUGGUGUCCUGCCUGCCUCUGGAGCCCACUGCCCACUCUACAACCGCACUGCCAGCACCAACCACACACUGCUGCUGGGACCACUGCCCCCCCAGCGCCCCGGCACAGAGCCUGCAAGGCCUCCCAUGGUGGGUGACUUCUAUGCCAUCUCCUAUCUGUACUACGGGGCACUGGGGACGCUCUCCACUGUGCUGGCAGGGGUGCUGCUCAGCUACCUGGCAGGGCCCACCAAGCGAGCACAGCUGCCCCCAGGAGUGCUUUGGUGGGACAUCACCAAGCAGACAUCCUCUGUGUCCCCAGCUGGGGGCACGGCGCCUUCAGGGGGGUGUCCCACCAAGGUCUGGAGAGACCAUCAGGGAGGGCCGUGUCCCGAAGCCCCCCCGGUGCUGCUGGGGCUGGGAGUGCAGGCACGAGGCCCCCCCCAGCACCGCGGGGUCACCGAGCAGCUGCUGCAGGAAAGCCACGUGUAGGGACGGGGCGGAGGGGGACGCGGGGGAGGGGUACGGGCAGCGCUGCCCACCUGCUGUAUCGGUGUCCCCCCUCUGGGAGGGGCCAAUA